CCCGCUGACUGGGAACUAGGUGGCACGUCUCAACCCAUUUGGUAGAGGGAUGGAUGUCCCAAAUAUAUUGUUAUCACCGCACCAGCCUCAUGGAAAUAGCUGGGUGUAAGAUGGAGUCCAACUUGGUGCCUGUGCCAAGGGAAAGGCUGCAACAUAGUGGAGCUGUAUUACUGGAGGCCAAAGAUUCGGAAUCCUCCUGCUACCUGACCAGCCCUAUCAGAGCUCUUAAAACCUGAAACAGCCACAAAACACAAAGCCACUUGAGCUGUGAUACAGAGAGUAAUUUAGCUAACAGAGGGAAGUGGAGCCAAGACCAGAUGAAGCAGAGGCUGACUCUGACUGGCUGUGGCUGUACUUAGAUCACCAUGAUUAUCGGUUUGGCGUGACAUCCUCCUCCGCUCAGUAUUGAGGCAAUCAAUAACAAGGUGCACACCACUCUCAAAGCCCAAGAGCUGUUUGCUGGGGGACCUGACUCAAUAUCCAAACAGCAUUCCUUUAGAGGAAUGGAGGGGUGAGCCGAAAGAAUCGGCUGUGUCCUUUCAGUCUCUUUGCUCGAGGCCCUAACCUGUUUAAUUAUUCAGAGGAGCCGCUCCAUACGUGCGAUCUCCAUGCCACCUCUCCCUGCACCUCGCCCGUCUGUGGCUAUUGUUUCUGAGCUCUGGAGAAUAAAACCUUACAGACUAUUCCUGAACUGAAUAUAAUAUUAUUUCCUCUUUUUUUGUUGUUGUUCCCUCAUUCUUUUUUUCAGUUAUUUCCAAAAGAUAUUGUUGUCAGUCCAAUUAUACAAUUUUAAUAAUAGUCUACAAUAAGAGAGUUCUCAAAAAAUGAGGAUUUAGAUUUAGCCUCUCUGGUCUGUUGAAGAACUCGCUGUGCACAACCUGCUAGCGCAAUAAAGCCACGCACACUGCAGAGAGUGGAGGAGGGAUGGCUCCAAAUGGAAAAAGCAAAGUCAUGACAGAAAUAUGGAUUACUUGCAGAACUCAGUUAUCCCAUCCGCUAUCUACUCCCAUAAUAUAUACGCGCAUCAAUUUUGAUCGUAUUAGGCUACCCUAACAACAUGACAACACUUGUACUGAUUCGAUAAAACUCCUGGAUUAUAUACAUCACUGAGUCAGAGCUUUCAGAGAGCCUGACAUCAGCGCACUGCCCUGGAUGCCCGCCAGCUUAAGCAAGAGUGAGGCCGCAGCUUUCGGUUCUGCCGUUGUGAAAUAUUCAUUGCGAUGUUUGAGAUAUAACAGCUUCUGUCCAAAAGCGAGAGUGCCAUAAACACGCUGUGCUCCUGCUCGCUGGUGAGUGAGGCAGUCAGCAGCCUAUAACUGCUCUGUCAAUAGAUGGGUUGUUUAUUUUGACAAAGUAGCAGACUGUAUUUGCGCUUGGAAAUCAACCGGCAGAUGGGCUUUGCAUAACCUAGCAAGGGCAGUCUCCGCUCCUGCUGAUGGCAGGGGAAGCUCUCACUUACUCCAGCGCUGUCCAUUUCCUGCCUGAGGAAUGCCAGUUGUUAAGUUUUCCCCCCAGACAACUAGGUCAGCUGCAGCCAGCUUCAUCCAGCUCUAGCACAGAGGUUCCCAUCUCUAGCGCUUCCUUCCCAGGAGCCCUGUACAGACAGGAGCCCAAGCAGGAGAAAGAGAAACUCCUUGUGGACGGGCUGUAGUGAGAAACCACUCCUCAUCAAGCAUCUGAAACAUUCUGGGCCCAGAGCGGGGGAAGAGAAGCGAUUCCCAAGCACAGGUGUAGGGUUCUUGUUGAACAACUUGCUUUGUUUUCGUUCUAAAGAAUGCCAAACCCAGCUGCUGCGGGGACAGCAUCUCACUAGCAUCACAGCGAGGAACACUUGGUUGUCACCAGUCACGCCCUUUUCCUCUGGGAGACGGCAUGGUCCGCAACGUGCAUAACCCAGAGGAAUGCUUUAUAGCUCAAAUUCCUUACGACAUGCAGUUGUAUAGGGGCACAAGCAUUUCCUCGGACAGAGCCAAGCCCCGACCAGAUGGCAACCCUCGGUGGUUUUUCCGGCAACAAAGGGCAUGCUGGAAGGCUCCAUGGCUGCGCUGUUGUUCCCUGGGCUGCAGCCACCUGCUCAGCACUGUGUCUUCGCUACAGCCUCCCACUAUCACCCAGGUGAAGCCAGCGCACGGCGUUUGAGCACAGAUGACACCACCACCUCUUUUUAUGCAAGGAUACCCCCGAGAUCAGUUGCGGAGCUGUCAGUUUGGAGCAAGGGAAUAAGAAUCGCUAGCAAACUGAAAAGUACAAAGCUGCAAGAUGUCAGGGCGCAGCGGGAAGAAGAAAAUGUCCAAGCUGUCCCGCUCCAGCAGGGCAGGUGUUAUUUUCCCUGUGGGGAGGAUGAUGCGCUACUUAAAGAAAGGAACAUACAAGUACCGGAUAGGUGUUGGAGCACCGGUUUACAUGGCAGCUGUCAUAGAGUAUCUAGCAGCUGAAAUUCUAGAACUGGCUGGAAAUGCAGCGAGAGACAACAAGAAAGGAAGAAUUGCCCCCAGACACAUCCUCCUGGCAGUAGCAAACGAUGAGGAGCUGAAUCAGUUGCUAAAAGGUGUGACUAUAGCAAGUGGAGGGGUCCUGCCCAGAAUUCAGCCAGAGCUUCUAGCCAAGAAACGGGGUGCCAAAGGCAAAUCUGAGACAAUCCUUUCCCCUGCUCCUGAGAAGAAGGGAAGGAAAUCUAUGGUGAGCAAAAAGAGUGGGAAGAAGGCGAAGUCUAACAAGGCCCGGACACCUAAAAAGAAUAAACAGAAGGAUGGUGAAAAGGAAGGAGCUUCAAAUUCAACAUCUGAAGAUGGACCUGGGGAUGGUUUCACCAUCUUGUCCUCCAAGAGCCUCGUGCCAGGACAAAAGCUUUCUCUGACACAGAGUGACAUCAGCCAUAUUGGCUCCAUGAAAGUAGAAGGCAUUGUUCACCCCACAACUGCUGAAAUAGACCUCAAGGAGGAAAUAGGCAAGGCUUUGGAAAAGGCAGGAGGGAAAGAGUUUUUAGAAACAGUGAAGGAGCUCCGCAAAUCUCAAGGACCCUUGGAAGUUGCUGAAGCUGCACUUACUCAGUCCAGUGGCCUAGCAGCAAAGUUUGUCAUCCACUGUCACAUCCCUCAGUGGGGUUCGGACAAGUGCGAAGAGCAGCUUGAGGAGACCAUCAAGAACUGCUUAACAGCCGCAGAAGACAAGAAGUUGAAGUCUGUGGCUUUCCCCCCUUUUCCCAGCGGCAGAAACUGCUUCCCAAAACAGACGGCGGCCCAGGUGACUCUCAGAGCUAUUUCCACCCAUUUUGAUGGCACCAGCUCUUCCUCCCUGAAGAACAUUUACUUUCUGCUCUUCGACAGUGAAAGUAUUGGCAUCUAUGUGCAAGAAAUGGCCAAGCUAGACACUAAGUAGCAACAGCAGCCAAAUGAAACUUUAUUUUUCAACAAACUUGAGUAGCAUUAAAGGCAUUAGAGGUGGGUUUUAUUUUUUCAGUGUGGCAAGGAGGGGGAGUGGUAGUAGUGUGAUGUGUUGUGACUUGAUGAAGCGCUGUGACUAGAGAUGAGAGGGGUGUAGUCUGAUUUCUUCACGCUGUCAGCAUCUUCGAGCCCUUUGUGCCACCUUCAGCAACUGAGUUACCAUCUCUUUUUCAGGAGUUUGUUUAGUGUCCCUUGUUACUUUAGUUUAGAAGGUUUUUAAAGAGUAACUUCAUUUUAGAUUUGUAGUGAUGAAGUUUUCAUCCACACACUUUAGAGAAAGCUCUUAAAAAUAUUCUGCUCCCUUUUUCCCUCCCUUGAGGGUGGUUGGUGAACUUUUCUUCCAGCCCACAGUGGAGGGGAAAGAGAUAUUAGAAGUGAUGCAUGGGGAGCUUCUCUUUUGCUUUUAACUCACAAUAAUCUCUGUAAUUACUGAGAAUAUUUCAUGGUGAUUUUUUUGUUGUUUUAUAAGAAAAAAAGAAAAAGA